CCUUCCAAGCUUUAAAGUUGCUGAAUUAAACCACUAACAAGUGAUGUGACCAUGAGGUAAACCAGUGACACUAAUGGCAACCUUGGUUGUAAGGCAGAUUUCGUUCUUGAAAAUUGACUCUGAAGGGGUCUUGCUGCCUUUGGUAUUCUCUUACAUGCUAAGAUGGGUCACCAUCUUGAAACAAAACCCAAGUUGUUAAUGCUGAAAAAGUACAGGGUAGACUGGCUGAGAACAGUAUGGUUUGCUCUGAUUUUUUUUUUUUAAGCUUGUACAUCUUGUAGGCCCCUCAAAGUGUGAGACUGCAAAGAAAACGGCCUUCUGAAUGAUCAGGCCUCAAGAAACCAAGCAAGCCUUUUCCCCUACGUAUAAGAUGGAUGGUGAUAGUUCUACAACAGAUGCUUCUCAGUUAGGAAUUGCAGGAGAGUACAUUGGUGGCAGUCACUAUGUAAUACAGCCUCAUGAUGACACAGAGGAUAGCAUGAAUGAUCAUGAAGACACAAAUGGCUCAAAAGAGAGUUUUAGAGAACAAGAUAUAUAUCUUCCAAUUGCAAAUGUGGCAAGGAUAAUGAAAAAUGCCAUACCUCAGACAGGAAAGAUUGCUAAAGAUGCAAAGGAGUGUGUACAGGAAUGUGUAAGUGAAUUCAUCAGCUUUAUAACAUCUGAAGCAAGUGAGAGGUGUCAUCAAGAGAAACGAAAGACGAUCAAUGGAGAGGAUAUUCUCUUUGCCAUGUCUACGUUGGGAUUUGACAGUUAUGUUGAGCCUUUAAAGCUGUAUCUCCAAAAAUUCAGAGAGGCAAUGAAAGGAGAAAAGGGGAUUGCAGGAACAGUAACCACUGCAGAUGGUCUUGGUGAGGAGCUUACAGAGGAAGCAUUUACUAACCAGUUGCCAGCAGGUUUAAUAACUACAGAUGGCCAGCAGCAAAAUGUUAUGGUUUAUACAACAUCUUAUCAACAGAUCUCUGGCGUUCAACAAAUUCAGUUCUCAUGAUGCGAAGGCAACUUUGGAUCUGAGAUCAUGAGACAGAAAAGCUGUACAAUUCUAAAGAGACAUGAGUUUAAAAUGACUGGUGAACAGAGAUUUAUCUCUUUGUAUAUUAAUUAGCUGUAAUGUAGCUACCUGAGGCUUGACUAAUUGAGGUGUGAAUUCUGACUCAAAUCUUUUUUCAUGAAUGAUUUUAAAAAUUGGAUUUUAAAGGUAUUAAAGUAUUUUUGUUUUGUACAAGAGUUUGUUGCUCUGUAUAACUCCUGUAUGCAUUGUAUAUUGCAAUUUAUUACUGUCAGAGAUUUGUAGACAGUUUCUUAUUUUCAUAUUGAAUCAUGUUACUUUUGUAAUUCAAGUAAACAGCUGGGUUAAUUCAUGCUUACCCUUUGAAUAAAAUACAAGGGUAAAGUUCAUUCUGAAUGCAAGUUGCCUUUAUUAUAAAAGUUGAGUUGGUCUUGGUUAUGUAACUUGUCUUGCAUGACAACUUAACUGACUUUUUGAUGUUAGCAUAUUUAUUGAAGUUUUAAAAGACUCAUGAAAUUCUAACAACUUAAAAUUGCUACAAUUUGUUUUUUAAUGUAAGCUUAGAAUUAAAAGUUAAUACAGAAAAAAAUAAUUGUUAGAUCUGUUAACUUUAGAAAUCAGUGCCCAUAAACAGUGUUUAUUUUAAUUAAACACUGUUUGUGUAUGCCUGAUAAGUCUUUAUUUUGAAAUUACUACAAGCAUUCAUUAAUCUUCUUUAUCAUAUUAAGACCUUUUUCAGACAUGCGAAGAAGUUAUAUUAAAAGUAGUCAUAGUGCUACUGCUUUCUUUUUAUGUACAGUUUUUAGAAGCCAAAUCCUAGAAUUUAACUGCUUCCUCAACUGUAGUAGGGGGAUUUUAUAGUCCUGUGCUAAAUGACCUCAUUUUAAAUGACUCUUUUUAACUGAAAUGUUGUAAGGUUUCCUGAAAGACUGUGAGAACCCUCAGAAAUGUUAAACAUUUUGUGGACAGGCGUCUGUGUGCAUGGGAGAGUGAAUGAAGUUUGAAUUGGUGAUAUUUCUGAAUGAAAGACUCAGACUUUCAGUUUGCUCUCUUCCUGUUUUUUGUUUUUUGUUGGUCUUUUUGUUGUUUUGGGUUUUUGGGGUUUUUUGGCAAUAAACUGUACGUAGAUAAUAUAAUUCUGUAUAUUUAGUGAGCCAUUCUUAGUACUGCUGCUGUGUUUUAAAUAAUUGGGUUGGUAAUCUUUGGAUUGGAUUCUCUGGCAUUGUAGUGUUGGGGUGACACUUUGUUUGAAUCAGUAUUACUCAGACUGGAGUUUGGGAACAUUGAUAUUUGUGCUGUUGUUUUGAAUGGACUUCCUGCCAUGUACACCUAGUGGCUCUUGUCUAAACAUGUGGUAGCUUAAUAAGCUAAAUACUUGCACACUUUAGCUUAAGAUGAAACGGCAACAAACCCCUCUGUCCACCCUUGAUAUCCCAGUUUGUGUAUGGAAAUAGUCAGCCAUUUAUUUACACAUUUUCUUUGGACACUAAAAUAAAGUCAGUUUAAAUGCAGGUUAACAACAUGCUAAGGGACGCCUCUGGCCAAGACCCAGUGUAUUCUGUGGUAAGCUGGAGCUUUAUUUUAAAGCAACAACUACAGGUUGUCUCUCACCAAAAACAGCUCCGCAUUUUUAAAUGGA